UCCGCCGCCGAUCCGAGAUGCUUUUCCUCGGCUUCCCGCAGGAGAGAUUCCUUGGCGACGGACCGCGGCAACCAACCCCAUUGCGCCUAGCCUACAAAUGGCUCAGUCCGAUCUGAUCCUCCCUGGACGGACGAUAUAGCACAACAUGGCUAAAGCCUGCUGGUUGCCGUUCCUCGUAGCCAUCCUACUUGUCGCCAUGGCCGCGGUGACGCCACGACUUGCGGCGCAGGCCUCGCCGGAAGAGGCUGCCGGUGCCCGUGGUGUCAGGUUGCACGUCGGCCAGCGCCAGGUGGUCGUGGACAACGGCGUGGUGCAGGUGGCCAUGUCGGUGCCGGAGGGCCGGAUCACCCGCGUCGGCUACGGCGGCGAGCCCAACAACCUGCUGGAGUAUGACGCCGGCCAGGGCGACUCCGGCGGGUACUGGGAUUCGGUUUGGAACUAUCCCGACUCCGAUCUUCCGGGGCAAUACAAUACGUUGGAUAGUACAGAGUUCAACGUAGUGUCCUCAAGUGAAGAUCAAGUGGAGCUUUCUUUCAGGAGCACAUACAACCCAUCGCUUCAAAACAGCUUUCAGCUAAACAUCGAUAAGAGGCUUGUGAUGCUCAGAGGUAGCUCUGGGUUCUACUGCUAUGCCAUCUUUGAGCAUGCCAGGGACCACCCUGCGAUGAACAUCACCGAGGCUCGGCUCGUCUUCAAGCUUAACAUGGGAAAGUUCAAUUACAUGGCCAUUACAGACGACAUACAGAGGUACAUGCCAAGUGCUAUCGACAGAGAUGAACCUCGUGCUGUCCCACUGGCUUACAAGGAGGCUGUUCUCCUGGUUGACCCCAAGGAACCCCAGUUCCGAGGAGAGGUGGAUGACAAAUACCAGUACUCGCUGGAUAACAAGGACAACGUUGUUCAUGGAUGGAUCAGUGGCGGUGAACUGAACCCCAUGGGUUUCUGGGUCAUCACGCCCAGCAACGAGUUCAAGAGCGGCGGGCCUUUCAAGCGGGAGCUCACAUCCCAUGUCGGCCCCACAUCCCUCACGAUGUUUUUUGGGACACAUUACAUUGGUAAGUACAUGGUGGCCAAGAUCGCCGACGGUGAGAGCUGGAAGAAAGUCCUAGGUCCGGUGUUCAUCUACCUCAACUCAAGCCCCAAGAGCGGCAACAACCUCCAAGCUCUCUGGGAAGACGCCAAAGCACAGGCACAAGGAGAGGCGAGGAACUGGCCCUACAGCUUCCUUGCAUCGCCAGACUUCCCCAAGGCAGCCGAGAGGGGAUCCAUUGCAGGGAGGCUCCUCGUCAGAGACAGGUACGUGAGCAAGAAAGACAUGCCUGCUGCGAUGGCUUACAUUGGGCUCGCCGUGCCCGGGCAGCCUGGCUCCUGGGCCACAGAGAGCAAGGGGUACCAGUUCUGGACAAGGGCCGCCUCCGAUGGAGCUUUCAGCAUCGACAAUGUCCGGGAAGGAGUGUAUGAUCUUUACGCGUUUGUUCCCGGGAUUCUUGGAGACUACUCCUACAGUUCACCUCUAACCAUAGCCCCAGGUCGUGUCAUGAGCGUCGGUGACCUUGUGUUCGAGCCCCUGAGGUCAGGCCCGACGCUGUGGGAGAUUGGUGUCCCGGACCGGGCAGCAGCGGAGUUCUACAUCCCUGAUCCUGACCCCAAGUACAUCAACAGGCUCUUCGUCAACAAAGACAGGUACAGGCAGUACGGCUUGUGGGAGCGAUACGCUGCCUUGUACCCAGAGAAGGACCUCAUCUUCACGGUCGGUAGAAGCGACGAAUCCAAGGACUGGUUCUUUGCGCAAGUCACAAGGAAGGUUGGCCAGGACUCCGUGCCAACGACAGGGCAGAUUCGGUUCAACCUGGACCGCGUCAUGGCAGGCGGCACCUACACGCUGCGGAUCGCCCUUGCUGCUUCUGAAACGUGCAGGUUGCAGGUGCAAGUGAACGGGGGUGCGAGGAGAGACGGCAGCGGGGUGUUCACGACGCCGGAGAUGGGGGACGACAACGCGGUCGCGCGCCACGGGAUCCACGGCCUGCAGUGGAGCCUCGAGUUCGCGAUCGGGGGGCACCUGCUGCUCCAAGGUGACAACGCCAUAGACAUUAAAGUCGCUCAGGCCGGAGCCGGAGGUCCGGCGGCGGCCAGGAUCGCCGGGGUCAUGUACGACUACAUCCGCCUGGAAGGGCCUUCCUCCGGAGGCGUUCUGAAGAUUGCGCCCCUUGGCCGGGUUUGGAUGGGGAUUUUGUUUGGGUCUUCGAUGGCCUUCCUCGUCAUCAUGUGAAUGUUCCAGUAGUGUGCGCGACCUGGCAUGCAGUGGAAGCAACAGUAGUUUUUGGGCCUGUCUAUUGGGCAUUCGUGCAUUUCAGCCCAGCCCAGCGGGAAUUCUAUUCGGCUGGCUUAUCAGCCAACUAUAGUAGUGGGUUUUUCUCAUAUCAAAUCAGCACUAGCUACCAA